AUGAGAAAUAAGAGUGGACGUUAAACAGUAGUCACUUCCACAGCAUGUAAUUCACCAGACUCCUCAAAAAUAAAAAUUAGUCACUCAAAAACACCUAGUAUUGCAAAUACUCUCAAUCAUGAUUGCAAUGACGGCUAGCACUCAAAUUUUAAUGAUUACUUUGAGCUAAAGCCCAGGAAGAAAUAUGUUUUCUCAAAAUCAAAUGCAAGAGAUUAAAUGACAAAUGACACUAGCUAUAUUAAUUCAAUGAGCAAUAUUGAGCCCAAGGAUCAAAGUAGUUUACGACCGAUUUCAAGAGUAUCGCUAUUUUCUAAUCGAGAAAGAAUUCUGAAAAAAGUAGAUUUGAGAUAGAAAUUAUUGUCAAAUAUUCGAGCCGAAUAUAAGGAAUAACUUGUUCUAAAAACAAUAAAGAAGCCAACUUUAUAUAAGCCUAAGCCCAAAUUACAAGAAAUGCUUAAUCUCAGAGACAGUGCAUUUUAAGGACAUAUAGAUUAGCAAAUUAGGAAUAGAUUUAAGAAUAAGCAUGUCGUAAUUAGUCAAUCUGUUGUAGGCUCAGAAAACACCUCUCCACGAAUAUAAAACAAGUCAAUGCUAGAUAAAAAUAUCAGUAUGCCUUUCAUUGAGAAGUCAUAAAAAUCCUUUAGAUAAAAUAUUCACGAUAUCUAUUUUUAGCUGAAUAAUUAGCCUAAGAAUUCUUAUUUUACAAACUAGUUCAUUUUUAUGUACCAAGAUGAUUCUCUAUCCUCUAGAGAGAGAAGGAAUCAUUUCAAAAUGAUAGAGCACUAAAAGAGGCUCGAUGCUCUCGAAAGAAGAAAUAGAUUAAAGGAGUUACUAUUGCGACAACAGGAGGAGGAACUUAGAAAAAGAUAGGAGAGAAAAGUGCAAAAGUAAAGAGAGAUAGAAUUAAAGAUUAAUGUGUCUGUAUCUAAAAUUUAAAGAUUCAUCAGAAGAAGGUAGUUAAAACAAAGAAUUAUCAGAGCUCUAAAGAAUUUCCUUAGAGAGAAUUAAGUACUUCUGUUAGACAUGGCUAAACUUUAAGAUACUUUGGAAAUUAUUACGAUUCAAAGAUUCUACAGGGCUAGACUUCAAAGAAGAAGAUAUCUUAAGGAAUAAGCAAUGAGAAGAGCCUUGCAUGCAAUGAUCAACAAAAGAGAUAGAAAUGUCAGAAAGCUGCUUCUAUAAUCAGCUUUUAGAGCAUUUGCUACUUAAGUACCAAAGAAAAUAAAGUAUAAUGGAGAGAAAUCCCAGAAAAAAGAAGCUGUAUUUUUCAAGAAGCAUACAUUCAAAAAGCAAAGCUCAAAAAUAAGCGACUAUUGA